UUCAUCGUGCACAAGAUCUGUAAGUACAAGAGUCGGAAGCAAAGAGUGAGAAUCAGGUGCGCAUUGCCAUCCGGCAAGUAUCCGCUCCCUGGUACUCAGAUCAGCUUUUCCCAUGCUCAUGUCAACCGUUUGAAUUCGCGCCACAGCCGCGUCCGAAUCAUCUGACAGUGCAUAAUGGACCUUGAGAACGCUCAAUAAGUACUCUAUCGCCCGCUGUCCGCUAGGUUGUUUAUCGGCUAUCGAUCAAGCUAUAUAGCCUGUGCGAGUGCUUCGCACUCCGACUCCCGACCCCCACUUCGACCAGAUGCCUUUCUCCGUUCUAGGAUCAUGCGCAACUGCAUUCCUUGUCGUCACCGCUACCUAUCUCAUCAAGCGAGCACUCGACAGUCGCUCGCACGACGUGAAUCUGCUUCGCGGGCCCUCGCCCGCGUCCUGGUUGUUCGGUGCGUCUAGCACUACUGAUCGUCAUUUGAUAUGGCGCACUCAAUGGACGAUCGACUGCGACAGGUAGCCUCCCCGAGAUGUUCCUCCCGCACAACUACGGCGACCACGAAUAUCGCUGGGCGAAUGAAUACGGCGGAGUGUAUCGGCUGCAGGGUGUUCUCGGCCAAACGCGUCUGAUGGUAUCGGACCCCGU